AUGUGCGAAGAUAAGGAGGAGACGAGGAGUGAGGCUGUGGGGCCGAGCCCCCAGCGAUUGUGUUGGGCUCGGCGCCCGCCCGCGCCGCUUCCCGACACUAGGGGGCUCUGCUGUGCGAAGCUGCUAAGGAAGAAUGGGAAACCUAAGAAGGUGCUAAUGUUCCCAGAGGAAGGCUGGGCUCGAAGCGCCUCGUCUUCCUACUGGACCCUGCAGCCCUGCUGGUGGCGGCGGUCGCGCUGCAAAGUCGUCGAAGUUGCGGGCACUAGGAGGCACAGCACGCACGCGCGCAUGGUGGUCAGCGGGGGAAACGCAGUCUACAUUGUAGGGACAUUCAAACAUCUUGGCACCGAUGCUGAUUUUAAGUUAUACCUGACAACGAACGUGACCCAAGCAGACUUUAACAUGGGCUACACCAUGACCGGUACCCUGGAGCGGGGCUGCCGGUCCACGAACAGCUUCCAGAUGACGCACUUCGCCGUACUGCGGCGGUGCGACCACGACACACAUCUCAAGACUUCUUAG